UCUGCAAAAUUGCUAUUUAAAUCAAUAUGUGAACCUUAAAGUUUCCGAAGCGAGCGGUAAAUUUGACCAGCAAGAUGGCUGAUGCGGGAUUCUUUAGGGGUACCACUUCUGAGCAAGACUCUCGCUUUGCAGAUAAAGAAAAAAAGUUGAUGAAGAAAAUGAAGUUUGAUCCACUAUUGACAUCAAAGGUUGACAUGGAAAAAGUUAAUUUGGAUACUAUUAAACCAUGGGUACAAUCAAGAAUUACAAGUUUGCUUGGUGGUAUAGAGGAUGAAGUGCUUAUUGGUUAUAUAUAUGAAUUAUUGGAAUCUCAACGAUAUCCAGAUCCUAAAUCUCUCCAGAUAUCUGUAACUGGGUUCUUGAAUGGUAAAAAUGCACGUAUAUUUAUGGGAGAGUUAUGGGCACAUCUUGUAAGUGCUCAAACAAGUAUAGCUGGCAUCCCAGAACAGUUUUUAGAGAAAAAAAAAGAGGAGAUUCUUAUUCGCAAGCAAGAAACAGAACGUAUUACUGCUAAUUUGCAAAAAACUCAAGCAGUAGAAGCAGAUAGUACUGAACCAGAAUCUAAACCACCAAAACAAAAGAGUAAGCAACCUGUUUAUAAAGAGGCUUUAACAAUUGGUGUUGUACCUCCUUCAGAGUACGGAACACCAGCUAUGAAAGAUCAGCGAGAAAUUCGCAAAUCAUUAACUGGUUACAUGUCUUCUCCCGCCUGUACCCCAGUAUGUAGGGAUAAAGCUGGUUGGUAUGGGGAGCAUGAAAAACAUGUUGAAAUUGCUAAAACAUCAAGUGCAUGCGUCCUACUUAUUGGAGAUUCGAUUAUUCAGGGGCUUGCGCGGUAUCCAAAAAUAUGGAACAAGUACUUUUCACCAUUAAAAUCUUUAAACUUUGGCUUAGGUGGCGAUAGAACACAGCAUGUAUUAUGGCGAGUUGAAAAUGGGGAAAUCCCUUUAAAUGCUCAGACAAUUGUUAUUCAUGUUGGUACUAAUAACACUGAUAGAGAUAGUCCUAAAGAUAUUGCUAAUGGCAUUGGAUCUAUUGCUAUGAUGUUUCAAGAAGCAAAGCCUAAUGCUAAAAUUAUUUUAGCAGGACUUUUGCCACGAGAUUUGCAACCAUCUUUUAAAAGAGAGCAAACAGCAAAAGUAAACAAAUAUCUAAAAAAACUUUGUAAAAGUGGUCAUAUAAGAAAUUUUUAUUAUUUAAAGCCUGAUGCUGAUUGGGUUCUAUCUGAUGGUACUUUAAACACAAAGUACUAUUUCCAUGACCAUUUACAUUUAGUUGAAGAGGGUGAUGAGAAGUUUGGUAAAGCUAUUUUUGAUAUAAUAACAAAAAUUUAUGGAGGAGUUAAAAUUGAAAUGUCCUCUGAUUCUGAACUCAGUGAUGACUAUACUAGUGGUAAAAAUUUCAAAAUCACUAAACAGGUUGGUCAUCCACGAAGUGUUUCUCCAGGAUAUCGAAGGCGUUCAAUUUCAAGAUCUCCGAGAAGGUACUCUAGAUCACCAAAGAAUUCACGAACAAGAUCACGAUCUCGUUCUCCAAGGCGUCGAUCUCGUUCCCCUAGAAGAAGGUUUUCUCAUCACAGUUCUUAUGGGCGUAAUAGACGUCGAUCUCGUUCUCGUUCUUAUUCCAGAUCACCAAUCAGAAGAAAUAAAGGAAGACAAUCAAGUCGUUCACCUGAUGUUCGCCAUUCAACAUCAGUAAACAUUAAUACUAAAGAUCAAGUAAAAAGUGUGUCCCCUAAGACCUCAUCAGAUGAAGAACUUGUUAAGAUCCAGCCUGCUGAUGAAGGAUUGAUGAAAGAAGUUGAUGAGAUCCUUUUAAAGAGUGAAACAUCUCCUAUCCAGUAUCAAAAGUCAGGUAAAACACAAAAUCGAACAUACAGGCGUCAACAAUCUGAAUCUGAUGUUGAUAAUGCUGACACUAGACCAGUUAAACCUGAAAUAAAGACAAGCUCAAGAUCUCCUAUAAGCAAGAAGCGUUCUCGUUAUUUAUCUCCUCAAAAAGAAAAAUUUAUCAGAAGAGAUUCUCCAAGGCGAUUUAGAGCAAGACGUUCAAUUUCUCCUCAACAAAAAUCGCCUUUGCGUUCUAAAAGAUCAAAAACAUUUUCUCAAUCUCCCCCCAAAAAAUUUCGUCGUCAAAGAUCCCCUAUUUCUUCUAACCGUCACAGUCUCAGUCGAUCUCAAUCCCCAGUCCAAAAAGCAGCCGUUCAAAGUAAUAGAUCAUCAGUAGUACUCUCUAGAAAACAAAGAAAUCAUAGUAGUUCUGAAGAAUCUUUAUCUGAAGAUCAUCUUUAUGCGGCCCAUAUUAAAGAAAAGGAAAUGGCUGAACGAUUACGUAAAAAACAUAGUGAACGAAAGCGCCAACAACGUAGUCUUUCUGCAUCUAGUGAGAAAGAAGAUUCUCAUGAUUUGCGUCGCAAAAAAAUGCUUGAAGCAGCUGCAAAACGAAUGGCAGAAAAAUCAGAUUCAGAUAAUGAAUCUAAGGAGUCAAAUAUAAAAAAUUUAAAAAGAGUAGAAGUUAAAAAAAAAUCUGUUAGCGAAUCUUCAAGUGAAGAAAAAGUUACUUCAAGUAGAGUUCGUAAAUCCAAUGGUUCUGAUGUUGAAUUUGAAAGUAAAGGAAAAUUGUUUAGAAAUCAAAAAACUAAAGAAAAAACUAAAUCUCGUUCAUCUUCAAAAGAAAAUCUAGAGAGAAAUGAAAGCUCGUCUAGUGAUCAGGAAUCAAGACUUGAACAGAUAAAAAAUAAAAUAAAGCAUAGAAAAGAGCUAUCGACAGAACAUUUAAAAGUUAGAGAAAGAUCUUCUAAUGAAGUUAAUAAAAGACAAUUAAAUAUUACUCGUGAAAUAGAGGCUGAUUCAGAUAAUACAAAUAAUUCCAACAGUGAAAGUUCAGAAGAUUCUGAAGAUGAAGUUGAUCAACGCAAGGUCAUUCUUCGACAAAAGAGCUCAUCUUCUUCAAGCUCUCCAAAAUUAGUGGGGAAAAAAAAUGAAAAAGUUGAAAGUGAGCCAGAAGUUAAUUAUGAAAUUGAAAGAAACUUUCAAAGGAGCAUCAAUAAAGAUGAAUCUGAUGAAGAAGAUAGUGAAGAAGAGAGCGCCUCAGAACAUGAACGUCAUCGUCAUAAAGCUCGAAAGAGUAGGAGGAAAACUCAAAGUAGUCGACGUAAAUCCAAAAAGAAGAAGCGAAAGUCUUCAACUGAUGAGGAUUCGUCGGAAGAAAUUUCUGAUGUUGAGAAAAAGCUUCGUGACAGAGCACUUAAAUCAAUGCAACGAGUAAAACGUCGCUCUGAGUCCGAUUGAUUUUUCUUUGCAAGUAAAUCCCAUCUUUCGAAGAGAUGUCGGGAAGCAUUAAUGGCAAACUAAUCAUCGAGUUUGUUAAGUGCAAGUAUUCGGAAUAUUUUUAAUUCUGCAUUUUGUAAGGGAAAAUUACAAUUUAGUAUCCGUUAGACUCCUGUAAUGUAAGGACUAUUGAAAAAUACUAUGGAUUUCUUUCGAGAUAUUUUAUUAUUAAGAUUUUUAGUUUGAAAUUUUAUAUAAGAUUUGAAGAAAGUAUUUCUCAAUUUUAAAUCUAAAUUUUUGAAAUCUAAAAUACUUAUUUAUGUAUAUAUUUGCAACAAUUUUUUGUAAUGUUUACAAAGAUGGUUUCUUAUGUUGAAAUUUUUCUUCAAAUGAUAAAAUCUAUGUAUAACAAAAAUGAAAUUGUUUUGGCUUGAAAGACAAGUAAAAGUUGUGAAUUUCUUUCAAAAGCUACUGUGAACGCAAUUUUUUGUCAGAUAUGAGGGUUGAUAUUGAUGGUGUCUCAAGGUCUAAAAAGAUAUUUUAUAUUA